AUGCACCCAUUGACCUACGACCCUUGGCCUUUCAACGUCGGCAACCCCCACGCAACCAGUCACCCCACAAUCAAAACGGAAGUCCCUACACCUUCAUCCGUCAACGGCGCCUCUAGUUGGUGGGAUAUGCACACUGGAACCAGUUCCUGGCUCACCGACGCGGCAACCAGUUCAGCUGCUGGCGCUCUGAGAUCCCAGAUUUCCCCUACGUAUCCAACCUCGGACUUCUCCCUAACCCACGCCUUGGGAUCUAACGCUGCCACAAACGCUCUGCUGUCAUCCGGUCAACAUUUGCUCCAGGACACUUACAGUACCUACAAAUCCAUGUUGACGUCACAGUCAGAUCUUAGCGCCGCAGCAUCUAUGUCUCCUUUUUUGGCGGCAACACGAUCCGGGAUGACGGGACUUCCAAGUGCCCGCACACAAAGGCGGUACACUGGACGCUCUAACUGCGACUGCCCGAACUGCCAGGAGGCUGAUAGACUGGGACCAGCUGGGGAGCACUUGCGCAAGCGCAACAUCCACAGUUGCCAUAUUCCAGGUUGUGGUAAAGUCUACAACAAGACGUCCCAUCUUAAAGCUCACUUACGUUGGCAUACAGGGGAAAGACCUUUCGUAUGCAACUGGCUGUUCUGCGGGAAGCGAUUUACCCGGUCUGACGAGCUGCAGAGGCAUCUUCGCACUCACAGCGGGGAAAAACGUUUUGCAUGUCCAGUCUGCAACAAGAGGUUCAUGAGAAGUGACCACCUCAGCAAGCAUGUGAAGACCCACACCGAGGGUGGCGGCGACUGCAGCGAGAGUGAGUCCGAAAACGCCUCCAGGGAGGGUAGCAUGCCGCGGGAUGGUCUGUCCCCUCACGAUCCUCACGGACAUGUGAUGGCUGUGACUACAUCACACCCUUCAGAUGUGAAGCCCUUAUGA